UAUGGCCUACGACUCUCCAUUGUAGAUGGCCCUUUAAAGAAGAAGAAGAAAGUGUCCAUAAAAGUCCAUAUAGCCGUAAAUUACGUGGUAUAGGCUGAGGGCACACUAAACACCUACCAAAAAAAAAUCAUGUUAAAUGAUGGAGAACUUUGCAGAUAACAUAGCUAGACUAUGUAUAGAGAAAUAUAAUUUCUUAAAGGAUACUGGUAAACCUAACGCUCACGAAUGGACCAUAUUGUCUGGCAUUGUUUUAAAAAAUGGUGACGAUUUAUUGUCUUUGGUAGCACUUGCUACUGGGACGAAAUGUUUAGGAGAUUCAGAAUUAACAGAGAGUACUCGAGGAGAGAGAGGUUCUCGAUUGGGCGACUCGCACGCGGAGAUUCUAGCCAGACGUGCGUUUAUACGUUACUUGUAUGAUCAAAUCGACUUGAUUUUAAGUGGCUCUGAGAGUGCAAUUUUCUCACGAAAUAAUGAUAAUAAAAUCGAAUUAAAUAAUGGUGUAUCAUUUCAUUUUUUUUCGAGUCAAACACCUUGUGGAGAUUGUUCCAUUUUUCCCAAACAGGAGGCUGUGGACGAUGGCUUGUCUCCAUACAAAAUUAGACGUGUUAAUGAAGAUAAUAAUGAACAUGUAAUUGCAGAAUCAUAUAAAGAUGUGUACAGAACAGGAGCAAAAUGUUUGAAAGAAGAGAAAGCACAGGAUCCUCAUUUGCCUGGUGCAAAGUAUCAUGUUGUAGGCCCUUUACGUACUAAACCAGGUAGAGGAGAUCCCACUAAUAGUUUAUCUUGUUCAGAUAAAAUAGCAAAAUGGCUCAUUCUUGGCUUACAAGGCUCACUCCUGUCGUUGAUAAUACCACCAAUAAAGCUACAAAGUAUCACAAUUGGAGGAGACUGUCCAUUUUCUUUCGAUGCCAUGAAGCGUGGAUUAUAUAAGAGAUUUAACAAGUCGGUUAGACUCAACAUUUUUCAAGCAAAUACUGCUUUUUUACAUAAGAAAGGACGACAAAGAUUGUAUCCGUGUCCAAUAAGCAUUAUAUGGUGUGAUGUAAAGAACAGAUUUUGUGUACACAGUGCAUUAGAAAUGGCAGUUGCAGGCAGAAAGCAAGGGGUAACAAAAAAGAAAAAGGGUAAUAAUUUAUUUGUAACUAGACGAAUGUUUUUACAAAGGUUUUUGCAAAUUUUUGAUAAAUAUCAGCAUUAUUACAGUGAAAUAAAGCAUCCAAAAAAGAUUACUUAUUAUGAUUGGAAGCAAUGGUCAAAAAUUUAUCAAAACAAAUGGAAACAAUUUAAAUGUGAAUCAUUUCACAAUUGGCCAUCUAAACCGAUGCAUUUGCAAAAUUUUAUAUUAUAAAAUUUUAUUGACUUAUUUUUUAUAUAUUUAUAUUGUAAAUAUACUCUUCAUUAUUAUUGAUGUUCAGGGUAAAAAAAGGCAAAAAAUAUAUUUAAUAUAGUCGUACUUUUGCAAUAAUAAUUAUAUUUAUGGC